AACGUGGACGAUUGAUUCAGUCGGGAGAAUUAGUAACAAGAGACGGUUCUUACGAGCUCUCAUUUCUCGCCUUAUCACCAUUGCGAGAUUAUAUUUUGUUAAACAAUUAAUUAAAUUAAAAAAUUGGUACUUAAAUAUGUUACACAAAACGGCGGCUCUUCGGACGAAGAGUCGAUUGUUUAAGUUUGUUAAUUACUCCACUGCGAAGAACCAACGAGUUAUAGCAAUAAGACGGGAAGACCAGUCAGUAUGGGAGCGCAGGGCUCCAUUCUCGCCCAUCAACGUGAGCAAGCUGGUGCGCCAGGGAGUCAAGGUCAUUGUGCAGCCCUCCAACCGGAGAGCGUACCCUAUGCAGUCUUACAUAAACGCUGGUGCCAUAGUCCAGGAAGACAUCAGCGAGGCCAGCGUGAUAUUCGGGGUCAAGCAGACGCCCGUAGACCUGCUCAUACCCAACAAGACGUACUGCUUCUUCUCACAUACCAUCAAGGCUCAAGAAACCAAUAUGCCGAUGUUGGAUGCCAUUUUAGCUAAGAACAUCCGUCUAAUAGAUUAUGAGAAACUAAUGGACGAUGCCGGUAACCGUGUGGUUGCGUUUGGGAAGUACGCAGGAGUGGCGGGAAUGAUCAACAUACUGCAUGGCUUGGGCCUCAGACUCCUGGCCUUGGGGCACCACACACCGUUCAUGCACAUCGGCCCCGCCCACAACUACCGCAACUCCAGCAUGGCGCGGCAGGCCAUCCGCGACGCCGGCUACGAGGUGGCCCUCGGCAUGAUGCCCAGGUCGUUGGGACCGCUGACGUUCAUAUUCACAGGAUCUGGGAACGUGUCACAGGGUAGCCAGGAGAUCUUCCAGGAACUUCCUCACGAGUACGUCCCCCCGGAGAUGCUGAGGAAGGUUGCCGAGCACGGGAGUCCGAACAAAAUAUACGGCUGUGAGGUGCGCAGGCGCCACCACCUGGUGCGGAAGAAUGGCGGAGGGUAUGACAACAUGGAGUACGAGGAACACCCCGAGCGAUAUAUAUCUACUUUUGCACAAACGAUCGCACCCUACACGUCAGUGCUGGUGAACUGCAUCUACUGGGCGGUGGACAGCCCCAAGCUGCUGACGAUCCCUGACGCUAAACACCUGCUGCUGCCCUCCCACACCCCCUGGCUGCCCAGGAGUAUCGGGGCUCCAGCGUUGCCCCACAGGAUGCUGGCGAUAUGCGACAUCUCUGCGGACCCUGGAGGCUCCAUCGAGUUCAUGAACGAGUGCACCACCAUAGACACACCUUUCUGCCUUUACGACGCUGAUCGGAACAAGGACACUAAGAGUUUCAAGGGGCCAGGCGUAUUAGUGUGCUCCAUCGACAAUAUGCCUACUCAGCUACCACGGGAGUCCACAGACUUCUUCGGAGACCUGCUGUUUCCUUACGCUGAAGACAUCAUGAGAUCAGACGCCACUAGGCCUCUUGAAGAGCAUAACUUUACGCCGGUCGUGCAAGGGGCUAUAAUAACAAGUAAUGGAAAGUUGACAGCUCCAUUUGAGUACAUUAACGAGUUGCGUAUGGCGAACACACGAUCUCGUCACAAGGUGGACGGGUGUGAGCAGCAGACGCCAGUGGUGGUGCUGGGCAGCGGGCUGGUGGCCGCGCCAGUGGUGGAGUACCUCGCCCGGGACAAGAACGUGGCCGUCACUGUCGCAUCACAAGUCCAAGAAGAGGCCGAUGAACUCGCCCACCGUUACGGCGUCCGCGCAGAAUACUUCCAGGCCAACGACGAGGGAGCCCUCAAGUCCUUAGCGUCGAGAGCUCGUCUGGUCAUCUCCUUGCUGCCUUACGAUUUGCACGGAGCUGUGGCCAGAGCCUGUGUCAGUACUGGUUCACAUAUGGUGACGGCUUCCUAUGUCAGGCCUGAAGUUCAGGAGUUGCAUGAUGCUGCCAAAGAAAAAGGUGUGACGAUCCUCAAUGAAGUAGGGCUGGACCCUGGCAUCGACCACCUCCUGGCUUUGGAGUGCAUCCACGACAUUCAAAGCCACGGCGGGAGAGUUGAUUCCUUCGUGUCAUACUGUGGAGGUCUACCUGCGCCAGAGUUCAGUGAUAACGCGUUGCGCUACAAGUUCUCGUGGAGUCCACGCGGCGUCCUACUCAACACUAUCUCCGGAGCUAAAUAUCUGAGCAGAGGGCAGAUCGUCGAAGUCCUGGGUGGUGGGGAGCUGAUGUCAGUGGCUCGGGAGCUGGACUUCCUGCCAGGGUUCGCGUUCGAGGGGUACCCCAAUAGGGACAGCACUAUGUACUCCUCAUUGUACGGCAUUGAGGACGCCCAUACUAUGUUCAGGGGAACUUUGAGGUAUAGAGGUUUCGGGGACACAAUGAAAGCCAUGCAACUGUUCGGCUACAUCGACCCCAAUCCUCAUCCGUCACUCCAUCCAGAGGGGCCAAAGAUUACUUGGCGCCAAUUCGCAUGCGAGCUACUAGGCCUUUUGGACACAACGAUCUUCUACGAAAACUUACGUACUCGUGUAGCGGAGCGCGUGGGCAGCGCAGGCGCAGCCGCGCUCGAGUCGCUCGGGCUCUUCAGCGAGGACCUCGUGGUCAAGUGCAACACGCCGCUGGACACUGUCAGCCAUUAUCUGGGGAAGAGGUUGCAGUUGGCUGAAGACGAGACGGACUUCGUGGUGCUCCGCCACGAGCUGGGCGUGACGUGGAGCGACGGGCGGCGCGAACGGCGCGAGGUCACCAUGACGGUGCGGGGGGAGCCCGCGCGCCACACCGCCAUGGCGCGCACCGUGGGGCUUCCCACCGCCAUCGCCGCCAAGAUGCUGCUGGACGGUGAGAUCCAAGAGCGAGGUGUGGUUCUCCCGUUCUCACCAGUAGUGUACAAGUCUCUGCUCUCCCGCCUCCGAGCAGACGGCAUCACCGCCAGGGAAUCAUCCACGCCGAUCAAUUGAAACAUCUGUCUGUCUGUCUGUCUGGAUCACGGAUGUGUAAACAAUGUGGAAAACCAACUCGAAACAAAAUUGGGGGCGUAGAGAAUUAUAUUAUAGGUCUUCUUUUUUUUUUUUAAAGUGACGUUUUCUCCAGCGAUCCCCAAAUUUGUCACAUUCAUUCAUUUAUCCAUCCAUUCAUUCAUUUAUUCAUUAUAAGUUCGUUCGUUCUUUCGUUCUUUCGUUCUUUCGUUCUUUCGUUCAUUCAUUCAUUCAUCCAUUCACGUGGCCAUUCAGUCUUUUUCGGGACUAUUGGCUCGGUCUCCCCCGCAAGGGAUAUAGACGUGACUAUAUGUAUGUAUGUAUGUAGUUCCCAUUACAAUGGCUCUCGUAGUUAAAUACAUACAUAUCAAAAUCAUUACCCUCUUUUUUGCUUCGUCAUAAAGGGAAGGUAUAAAAAGGGACGAGAGAAGAGAGUGUGUUUUUCACGUUGUUUAUAUUUCUCAAGGAUAUAAUGAUCUCUCAAAGGACCAUUUUAUAAGGAGUGGUGAUCAGAAUGAUCACAUAGGUACUCUUAUUAGAUAAAUUUAUGAAUUAUUUUGUUUAAAAUUAUACCUUAUCGUCUUAAAUUUAAGAGAUAACACUUGUCAGUGGAAUUAAGUGGAGCGUUCUUUUAAAAUACGUUAUUAAUGUCGAAUAGUCGAUCAAAAAUAAAAGUAAGUAGAACCAAGUAGAAAUUUUACUUCUAAAUAGUUACGUUAAAAGUGAAAAGACGUUGAAAUUAUGGUUGUUUGAAUUAUUUUUAUAUACCUUUUGUUGAUACAUUGCAAAAUUCAAUGCAAUUGUUUCUUGUUCUGUUGAUCUUGUGAUUGAUUUUAUACGUAAUUUUAAUGUAAAUAAACUGAGGUGAGAAUGUCGUGGUUAAUUAUUAAGUCCCUUACUUUAAAUAUGUAAGAAAUAAAUAAUUCAAUUUUCC